CAAGGCGCCAGGCGCCGUGUGCAUAUCCAUCGUCUCCACCUCUGCUCCAUCUAUCCGCUUCCUCUCCCGCGCCCACGCCACGCGCCCACAAGACACAUCUCUCAGCGGACUCCGGCCCUUCGUCGGGAGGGCGGCGCCAUGGCGGCUGCGAACGGGAGCGGCGGCGGCAAGGGGUUCGAGGUUCCCAAGGUGGAGGUCAGGUUCACCAAGCUCUUCAUCAACGGCCACUUCGCCGACGCCGUCUCCGGUAGGACGUUCGAGACCCGGGACCCGCGCACCGGCGAGGUCAUCGCCAACAUCGCCGAGGGCGACAAGGCCGACGUCGACCUCGCCGUCAAGGCCGCCCGGGAGGCCUUCGACAAUGGCCCCUGGCCCAGGAUGACGGGCUAUGAGCGGGGCCGGAUCCUGCACAAGUUCGCGGACCUGAUCGACCAGCACAUCGAGGAGCUGGCGAUGCUGGACACGGUGGACGCCGGCAAGCUCUUCCUCGUCGGCAAGGUCCGGGACAUCCCCGGCGCCGCGCACCUGCUGCGCUACUACGCCGGCGCCGCCGACAAGAUCCACGGCGAGACGCUCAAGAUGGCGCAGCGGAUGCACGGCUACACGCUCAAGGAGCCCGUCGGCGUCGUCGGCCACAUCGUGCCCUGGAACUACCCCAGCACCAUGUUCUUCUUCAAGGUCAGCCCGGCGCUCGCCGCGGGGUGCACCGUUGUCGUCAAGCCCGCCGAGCAGACGCCGCUCUCCGCGCUCUUCUACGCGCACCUCGCCAGGGAGGCUGGCGUCCCCGACGGCGUGCUCAACGUCGUGCCGGGGUUCGGCCCCACGGCCGGCGCCGCCCUCGCCGCGCACAUGGACGUCGACAAGCUGAGCUUCACCGGGUCCACGGAGGUCGGGCGGCUCGUCAUGAAGGCGGCCGCCGAGAGCAAUCUCAAGUCCGUCUCACUCGAGCUGGGCGGCAAGUCCCCGAUCGUCGUCUUCGAUGACGCCGACCUCGACAUGGCCGUGAACCUGGUCAACUUCGCCACAUACACCAACAAGGGCGAGAUCUGUGUCGCCGGCACGCGCAUCUAUGUCCAGGAAGGGAUCUACGACGCGUUCGUGAAGAAGGCGGCCGAGCUCGCCAAGAAAUCGGUGGUCGGGGACCCGUUCAACCCGCGUGUCAACCAAGGUCCACAGGUUGACAAGGACCAGUACGAGAAAGUUCUCAAGUACAUUGAUAUCGGAAAGCGCGAAGGCGCCACGCUGGUCACCGGAGGGAAGCCCUGCGGCGACAAGGGGUACUACAUUGAGCCCACCAUCUUCACGGACGUCAAGGAUGACAUGUCGAUCGCGCAAGAUGAAAUCUUUGGACCGGUGAUGGCGCUCAUGAAAUUCAAGACUGUUGAGGAGGUCAUUCAGAAAGCAAACAACACCCGGUAUGGCCUGGCCGCUGGCAUCGUGACAAAGAACAUUGACAUCGCAAACACGGUGUCUCGAUCGAUUCGUGCAGGCGCCAUCUGGAUCAACUGCUACUUUGCCUUCGACCCUGAUGCGCCAUUCGGUGGGUACAAAAUGAGCGGGUUCGGCAAGGACAUGGGCAUGGACGGUCUUGAGAAGUAUCUGCAGACGAAGACUGUGGUCACACCCCUAUAUAACACACCCUGGCUCUGAUCUCAUCCUAAGACAAUUGAACAGCACAUGGGGGAAAAAAAGAAGAAAAGUGCCUUAUACAGAUAAAAGAAUGGGUUGUUUGUAGCUCUGCAUCCGCAUGGAUUGAUGAUGUACAAUGUAGCAUGGACUUGUUUCAGAACAAUAAAGACAUGUUUCAGACUUUCAGUUGCA